AAAUCUUAAAAAAAUUUACAAGAUUUUUGGGAACAGCCCCGGUAUAAAGCGGAGGACCCCUGUGCCCGCUGGCGCCCAACUCAAAAAGUCAUCGGCACGCUAAUCAUAUCGACCAGCAGCAGCCAACCACGAACCACCAUGUUCUGCGAGUGCGGCACGGGCAGUUUCAAGCACGUCGACGACGACGACCCGGAGGAUCUCGGCCGCAAUGGCGGACGAUCGCCCAAGGACAGGGACAGGGAGAGGAGGAAGCAGCACGGCGGCGGCAAGGCCAACCCCUACGCGGAGCGCGGGCUGGACAGGUUCUCCGUCGUGCUCUCCGAGCUCGAGACACGGCGGGCCAAGAUCCUGCGCCGCGUCGGCUCCUCCGACACCGCCGGCGGCCUCGUCUUGGUCCGCUUCGUCCAGUCGUCCAACGGCGACUGGACGCCCGUCGUCGUCAAGCUCCCCGAGCAGCCGCCGCCGUCCAAGAAGGCCGGCGGCGCCGCCACCAAGAAACCGACGAGGGCGGCGGCGGCGGCGGCAGCGUCGACCGCCGCGCCUUUAUUGCGACGACCACCGGCUGCUGUUAAUUCACCCGGACCCGGCAGCCCGAGGGAGAGGGAGGGCGCCACCGCCAAGGUCGUCGGCACCAGCAAGAGCAAGGUGCCGGCGAGGAAGGCGUCGUUCUCGUGGGGGAGGAGGAUGCGGCGGCCGUCGUGCUACUGGCCGUCUGUCAUCGUGCUGACGCUGGUGAGCCUGGCCGUGUUCGGGCGGGUGUUCGCCAUCUGCCUCGCGUCCAUAUGGUGGUAUGUGCUUCCCAUCUUACGCAGUGGCGGCUGCUAUGGCGACGGCGCCGGCGAGGGCGUGCGUCGGAGCCCGGCCGGCAUGAGGAUGUCCAUGGAGAAAAAGAAGGUCGUCUCGCCGGUCGCCGCUGCCACACGCCAAGAAAGGUAGCAUCAGCGCCGGCGUGUACGAGGUGGUUAGGUCGCCCAAAGGGAAGCGAGGCUGACUGGAGUGCGUGCUGCUAGUUCAUUCCAUCAAUCAUGCUGUAAGUUAUACUUCGUCAUCAGCCCCUUUUCCUGCGUGGCUAUCCGAUUGAAGAACUGAAUAUGAGUCGAUAAACCUUUCAUUUUGUCUUGAUGCAA